AUGUUGUCGGCGACUCCGAUCAAGCUAAUCUCCAAUACGGACCCGAAGGCAGCCACUGCAGUAGUGGCCAGUCAGCCAUGGUUCGGUCUUGCCGUGACUUAUUCAAAGAUGGUCGGGACAUCCGGAAGUCGCGCUUCAUGCUGCGAGAUUUGCACCUCUGAGCGCGUUAUAUCCCCUGUCUUGGUACUUUCGCUGCAUGGUCUGAUCGUGACGGACGUGGCAUGGCACAGGGCAGAACUUUGGCAAGAUGAUGGCCUGUGGUACCGUGGCCUGCGGCUGCUUGUGCUGCUGACGGUGGCGUGCUACUUGCGCACGUCCUUGACGGAUCCAGGGUUCUUGCAAGUGGGUGGCCAGCCAGCCCACACUACAUACUGCAGUGCGCAAGGCUGCAUGUUGUUGUGCUGCGCUGCGGCUGUUUCGAUGAGUGAAUGGAAUGGAGCUUCCAAAGAGGGAAAACCGAUGAUGCUUCCAGAAGUUGUGGGGGCUAGCUUCGAAAGCGAAAUGAAAGUCCUUCCCAGCGAUGCCGCGUCCUCCAGCCAGCUCGACAAUGCAUCUCUGGACUUCGACUACGACGAGGGCAUCCUCAAAAGGCGAGGACCUGCCGAAGACUUGGAGGCAGACAACUCACCAGGAACGCAGCUACGAUGGUGCAAACGGUGCCAGUUGCACCAACCGCUUCGGACAAAACACUGCCAUGACUGUGGCCGAUGCGUGCGGACUCACGACCACCACUGCCCUUGGAUUGGGAGCUGCGUAGGUGAAAACAACCGAGUGCUCUUCUUCUGGUAUCUCCUGUUGCAGUGUGUUGAGCUAGCUGCCUUCUUCUACGAGGGCGUGCAGGGCAUUUCCCUGCUGGAGCCCAGCGUGGUUCUGCUUGUUGGUCUCAUCUUCAUAGCUGUCUUCUUCCUCAUGGUAAGCUGCCUGCUCUGCUUCCACACGUUCUUGAUGCUGGCCAACCUGACCACCUGGGAGCACAUCUCCUGGUUGCAUAUCACCUACUUGAAGCCGCUGAAGGCCGACGCUGGCUCGCCAUUCUCCCGCUACUUCGGCUUAUGA